AUGGGAAACGGUGUGUCGAGCCCGAGCCCGGCGGACUCCGCGACUUCGUCGUCUGCCCGCGCCUCCUAUCCGGCAGCGACGAGGGGGCCACGGGUGAAGAAGAUCCUCGUCAACGCCGCUCCGCGAGCAUCCGCUAGCAGCUUCCCCUCACCCGCCUCCAUGGCGACGGCAUCCACGUACCGCCAGGCUCGUGCACAGACUCCAGAGGCGAAGUCAGCGUCGCUGCAGAUAACCGCGGUGCAGCGUCGUCAACAGAUCCCGGGAGUGAAUGGCACGGGCCGUGCCGCCGGCUCGGCUGCUCGUGGACAUGCCAGGAAUGAGGAGGACCUUCUCCUGGCCUUCACCCGCAACGCCGACCCGAUCUCGCUGCGCGUCUUGGGGCUGAUCCAGCAGGCCGAUGCCGUGCCGCAGAACAUCCCAAGCGAGAAGCUGCGGCUGCUUCAGCAGUGCUACCCCCUGCUGGAAACCGUGCCCAAGUGCCGGUUUGAUCAGCUGGCCGUCACCGUCUACCAGAAAGAGGGUGACAUCUACUACCAGCAGGAGGAUAUCGAGAACGCGAAAAGUACGUACAGCCGUGCCAUCACGCUGGCAGAGAAGCGCGUUGCACGUCAGGACACAGACAUGUACAUGGUGUUGAAGCGCUACGUCUUGGCGAUGGUUGGGCUGUCGCGAAUUUGGUACGACCACGAGCGCGACCACAAAGGCUUCACCUUCGUUGAUCACAAGCACCCCAAGGUGCCGGCCGUCGACGGUGGCGACGCUACGGAAGACGCAAACUCGUCCAUGAGCUCGCUCGAGAGCAGCCUAAUGUCCGACGGGGGUAGCGUCUUCAGCCUGAACGAAGCCAUCCUGAAAUCCAUGGCGCCACGCCCGCCGCGGCGGCAGACUGGCCCGUUCUUUCAGCGUGUGAAGGUGCGAGCGCCGCAUGUAACCCAGAACGUGAAGCCCAACCGCGAGGACGAGUUUGUGCUGCACAGCCGCAUGACGCGCGAGCUGGUCGCCUCGCCGUGUGAACUGCUGCUGCUGCGGUGCUGCGAGGUGGUGCAGAUUGGCCACAACUCGCAGUCGGAGCUGCUCAUCCCAGCCCAGAUAGCGCUGGCUCAGAUUUACGAGGAGCUCGCGCUCUACAGCCGCGCGCUGCUGCUCGUGCGGCGCUGCGUGGGGAUUUUGUGCAGUGUGUACGACUACGACCACCCGUGGGUGGUUUACCUGAUGCAGCGUGCCGACAGGCUUGAGGAACUGCUGGAGGAGCAGCUGCGCAGCAACAUGGCAACCAAGAUCCAGGCCACAUGGAGGAUGUACCAAGCGAUGCAGCAGCUGGAGAACGUGCUGGGGCAUCCGGUGCGGCGGCACCAGUGGAUUCCGCGCAAAUACCGCGCGACACCGGACCUCAACUUCCUCGAGGACUUUGUCGACGACAUGCCCUCAGAUGGGCUGCUUGGCGAUGCCGCCGAUGACGGGGUGUACGGUGGCCUCGGAGUCAACCGCGAAGGCCGCGAGCAACAAACCACCAAAGGCAGCGUCACGGUACCUGAACAGACGGCGAUGGUGCCGCAAACGGCGCCUGUGCGGGAGACUGAAUGGCACAGUGCCGAGCCGCACUACCCUGCGGACGUGCUCGUGCGCUACGCCCCAGCAGAGAACGCCGAAAGCGGUGACACGUUCACGACGGUGGUGCCGAACGCG